AUGGGGCCUUGGAGUCGAGUCAGAAUCGCCAAAUGCCAGAUGCUGGUCACCGGCCUCUUAGUCUUGCUGCUGGGCCUGGCUGUGGCCGCCAUGUCUGUUCUCACCUACUUCGGGGCCAACUUUACUGUCAUCAGCAGUGUUUCCUUGGAGAGGAACCCUUACGAGGCCAUGCACCGCUGGGCCUUCUUCCUGGGACUCAGCCUGGCUGGACUCCUGACCGUCGGGGCUGUGCUCUGUGUGGCAGCCACUGUGAGGGAGGCUGCGGGUCUCAUGGCCGGGGGUUUCCUGUGCUUCUCGCUCGUGUUCUGUGUCCUGGUGCAGGUGGCUUUCUGGAGAUUCCAAAACCCCACCCAGGUGGAAGAUGUUGUGCUGGACACCUUUGACCUGGUGUAUGAGCAGGCUGUUCGGAGCCCGUCCAGUGUCCGGUGGCAGGAGUUGAUGGCCAUCCAGGACACGUUCCGGUGCUGUGGGAAGCCAUCUCGGUUUGGCGGGCCGGGUGAUGCGGAAGCAGGGUUGUGUCCUGGGGAGCUGGCCCUGAGAGAGGACUGUCUCCAGGGCGUGAGGAACUUCUUGAGGACACAUCUGGGCAUCGCAGCCAUCCUGGUUGGCCUCAGCCUCAUCCUCAUGGUAUACAGCAUGUUGCUCAGCUCCCUCCUCUGGGCCGCCAUCCACUCCGGCCGCAGCUUGGACCGGAAGGGGACGUACACCCUGACGUCACGUGAUGCCCCUUCUUCACUCUGCCAGCCAGAGCCUCUGGCAGACGGUCCCGGGAGCUCAGUGAUUCCAGAUACCUCCACGGUGACCCAGUGCUCCAGUCCCGCUAUGAAACGCAGGCUCUUGAAGACCUUCUGGGCCGAAGACGGGGUGCACAUGGCUCGGGGCUGUGCCAACACUGCUGAGGCUGUGUCUCUACAUCUGACCUGCCCCCCACCUGCCCACACCGGACUCCUAAGCUGCCUGCUCGCCACAGCCACCUCGACCGUGUUCUCCUCCUCUGCCGCUGUGGACUCUGGCAGCUCUCUCGCCAGGGUUCCCGAACUCACACUCUCUUUGUCAUCCUCUGUAUCAGAUCACCAGCGUGCCCCAUCAUGUCAGACGUGGCUGUGGACACCAGCUCUGAGAUCAUCACCAAGGCCUAAAAGGAGAAGGAAGAGGUUAUGGAGGAAACAAAAUGGAAGAGAUGCACCCGCUGAUGGGAACGCUAACGAGGAAAAUGGGGAACAAGAGGCUGACAAUGAGGUAGAUGAGGAGGAGGAGGAAGAGGAAGAAAGUGAUAGUAAGGAAGACGAUGGAGAUAAAGAUGAGGUCAAGGCAGCUCUGGGCAAACGGGCAGCUGAAGAUGAGGAGGAGGAGGAUGUUGACACCAAAAAGCAGAAGACCUAG